AGUGGCUUUUUUGUUUUACUUUUUCUAUUUUUUUCUUUUUCAGCCACUUUCUUCUUUUCUUCUUUCCCCUGUUCCUUUCUCGUCCGAAGCUUCCAUCUUCCAACCGGCCACUAAUUCCUCCUUCUCUCAUCUCCUUUAUUUUCUUUAUUUCUUCUUCCGUUCACCUGCUUCGAGUAAACUUCUAACCCCCUCAUUCUUUCUUCUUCAAUUCCACCCAUCCGCUCACCACAAAUUUACCCACUUCUUGUUUAGUCUUCCAAGAAAUUUGAAAUUGGGGCUUUUGAUGCCAAACACGGUUAAUUGCAGGGGCUUGAAUGUCUACAGACGAAGCCCAAGCCGGGAUCGGAAGGGAGGCGACGAAUCGUAGCGGCUUGGACUCCGCUUAAACGUCGCCGGCAAAGAGGAAGCUGGGCGCUCGAACCAUUUCCAGCGUGGGGUAAGCUCAGAUCCAAAAACCCAUACCCAAACAAAGAAGAAAGAAAGAUGAAAAAAGAAUUGAGGUGAUUAUAAUAUUAGCGGGAUUCGAUCCCUGGACUUCAAAUAUAGCCUGCAGCACUCCAUCCAUCUCGGCUAAUUGUCUCUUUGAAAAUAUCCGUCCUUUUUUCUUACUUAGCCUAUAUGUUUUCAUACUCC